GAUGAUGUUCCAAUUGGAGUGCGGACGGUCGUGUUUGUGUGGUGGGCGAUUCGAUUUUCCUGAAUUUUUAAGGGCUCCGUCAGCCGAGAUUGCCUUCCUUCUGCUCCCGCCAGAACGCGUUAAGUAAUCAAUUAAAAGCCCGCGAUUGGCUGCCUCGAGAGUUUUCCACCGCUUCCCGUGUGCAUGUGCAGCACCUAGGUCCGUGAUUUCCGCACUCGAGCGCACUUUCCUGUUGUUUAUGCGACCUCCGGUCCGGUCGCCCCACAUUUUCUGGUGAACUUGUGCCGUCGAGCGGUGUUGUCAUUGCCCCGCCUUCCCCGCCAAAAAAAUCGAAACUCCCGCACAGUGGGCGGUGUCGCAGGGCGAAGUCGGCAGAUAAUAACUUUCCACGAAUGAAAACCUGCUGUGUGCGCAGUUCCAGAACCCACACAUACAGCGGCGGCUCAACAGAGUUAUUGGCAUUUAAUAAUUUUUUAAAGCUCAUUUGGGCGUGUGUUCGGUGCAGGCCCUUCGCCCCACUGUGCAAAACAACGGCUAACAAAUUCGACGGGUGGAAAUACAUACCUAAAGAAAUAAAAGAGAGAGCGAGCUUAUUUGGGUAUUUAAGACCUGCCCGCACAACAACUACAAUCAGUCUGUUAUCCAGCUUAUAAUGUAACGAGAUUCUGCUACGACAAAGGACCAAGAUCCAGCUAAGGUUGUAUUUUAGCCCACGAAGCAAGCCCAAAAACUCACCUAAAUCAGCAGAAACUUCAGUGUUUUCUCGAACGAGGACAGCCCAGCUAAUCGAGGACCGAUAUCAUAAAUCAUUAUCAGCCCGUGAAGGAGGCGAAAGCAGCGAGGGCAGCGAUUAAGUUGCACCACCGGAGACGAAUCAAUCAUACGCCGCGUUGGUCGCCCCGCCAUUGAGAUAUACGGAUAUUUACGAUGCCUGCCAGUCCGCCGCCGCACCUCGCCCCGCGCACUUGACACGGGGAGCGGCAGAUUGUCCCGGAGCCGCGCAGAAACACCUCUUGGAAGGCCCAGUUUUGUGUUUAAAUUGUGAUUUGUGUUCGUUACCUUUUUUUGUGUUCGGCCGCGAAUCGAAAAGUGUGUGAGUUCCGUGCGAAACAAAGUACCGCAUGUGGCUGCCAGGGCAAAAUCCGCUUACCGGCAGCAUAAACUGCUACAACAGCCACGACUCUAAUUGCAGCGGCAACUGCCUUCCAAUCGCUCAAUCUAUUCUCCGUCGGCCUGUGAUAAACCCCCUAGCGUUCUUAAUGAAUGACACUCGGUCCAAGUCAUUCUAUCGGGCAGGCAAAGCAACAUCUGCAGCAUCCGCAUCCACGACGACCACGACCAAGGCGUUCGACAACAGCCAGAACAACAAUCCCCGUACUUACAACAACAGCGGCAAGUCGAACAAGGUGUUCCUGCACUACAUACCCCGCGACCCGCGUCUAAGAAUUUUCCACAAGACCGCCACCCUGAAUAAACACUCGAACCGCACUCUGAGCGAGCUAAACAUAACUGAAGAUCUGUGCAAUUAUGGUGAAUUGAUCGGCGGCAGUGCUGAAAAAGUGAAUCUAGUGCUAGUGAAGUCUUAAGAGCCUGCAGGUCACCGUUUCGAUUUGUUCAGUUUUUGGCUCGAGUCGGCUGUCGUCGUGCGGAAGGAGCAUUGUGUGGAUAACGAAAGCUACGCACUGCAGUUGACCAAGAAAACAGAAGGGGAAUAUUUAUCAUCUACCGCCUACUUAAGAAAAUUUAUGCUGAAAUCUAAUGCAAAUUGUGUUCACUUCCAAUAAUCGCUUGGAGAAGAAAGUGCAAAUUUUACAAACC